UAAGGGGAGGCACACCUUUGUUCUGGGUCCUCCUCCUGUCCUGCGUGUGAGGGGAGCACCCUGUUGCAACAGUUUAAUGAAGAUCAGACUUGCUAGUUGCUUUGCUUCUUAAUAUUCUCUGGUUGGCCUCUGUUAUUUUCUCCACCGAUGGAGAAAAUACAAAGGACUCUAUAAGGGCUCUUGCGUACCCCGUAAGGAAACAAGACCAGAUUUUGUUCACAACAGAGCAUUUCCCUAUUGUUUGUCUCUACCAUCUGGAAUUCAGAGAGAGUCCCAUUUCUGUUAUAACCGCUUUGUUGUUGUUGUUUAGUCAUACUUAGAGCUUAUUAAAAAUAGAUCUCUCUCUCUCUCUCUCUUAUUCCCAAGGUUGACUGUUCUGGUCCCAUCCCUAAAGCAGAUGCUUUCUGGAAAGUCCCCUCUAGUUUCUCAAUUAUAUAAUGCACAACGUGUGACUUGACUUUCUUGAGUGAACUGGUGUGCACAUGGUGAUGGUUUUUUCUCUUUUUUACUUUCCAUUUGUGGCACAAAUGGCUUUGAGCUGUGGUUGCUGGGUUUCAUGUAUGGAUGAUAUUGACUAAUGAAAGGAGAUUUCUAAAUUAAUGUCGAUGGGGAGUACGGGGGGGGUGUGAGUGAGCAGUGGUGUAGCGUGGGGGGCACCACAGGGGCACUUGCCCCAGGUGCAAAAUACCGGUGCUGCCUCCAUGCAGCUGCGUGUUUCUAUCUCUGGGCUCCAUUGAAAAUGGCUUCCCCAUGCAAACCAGGAAGUGACCUCUCCAGACAAUGGAACGCUUCUUUUCCUGAUUCUGCAGCUGCAAUCUGCUGGGUGACAUGAUUGUGUGUGUGUACUCUGUCCGGUUGCCUCCCUCUGUGUGGCCCUGGCCACUGGCAACCCACGCUAUGCCAAUGAGACUGAGUGAGUGUUGGGUGGAUGGAGUGAGAUUGUGCGAAUGGAAGUAGAGGAAGAGAGAAAGACUGGAUGGAUGUGCAUGUGAAUAAGUGUGGGAGAAGGGAGUGAGGGGGCUGAGCCUUAUUAGAUGUUGGACAAGCCUUUUUAAAGUUUUAAUAUGUACGUAAACAUUCAUUCUUGCCCAUCCAUUGUGGGUGGGACAGAAUGGGCAAUCCACAUACAGCGGACACAUAAAAUCUUAUAUGCCCAGACAGCAAAAACUCGUGUUUGUUUUUUCCCCUUCUAAAAAUUUAUCUAAACUUGCAUCUUUACAUAUAAAUUAGCACCUGCAAAACAUAUGCAGAUUGGUGUCAUGGCCGGGGGGAGGGGAAAUUUUGAUUAAAUUUGCACGGAUAGUUGAACCUACCUAAUAGUGCUUCCCAAAAUAAUUUUCAAAGCAAAAUGCAGUCCUUCAAAAUGUAUACUUCUGUGAAUUUGGUAGUGCAGUUCUCUAGCCAAGUGAAGUGUAAAAAAAUGCAUAUACAGAAAUGCACACAUUAGUAAACAUAUUUUUAUUAUUACAUUAUUAUGGCAUAAUAUUGUAACAUUAUUAUUAAUAAUAAUGAAAUAAUAAUACACAAAUGCUUUAUAUUAAGGAAGACUGGAGACAAACAAGUGUGUAUUGGGAUAAAUUUGCACUGUAAUACUGAUGAAUUGAAUUUAUUGAAUUUUCAUGAGGACUUUAAAAAAAGAACAUUCACAAACUAAUUAGAGAUGUAGAGAACUGAACUGAAUACUGGAAAAAUAAGAAAUAAGUGUUCCAUAUAUGUAUGAGGAACCAACUUUCGGAACAGUGUUUGGUUCUGUGUAAGUAAGUGUGUGUGUUUGCGUAUGUUAAGGAAUUAAGGGAACCCUACAAGCAGGGUUGCUCGAUGAUAUGCAAUCUGAAAAGGCCUGGUUUGUUGCUGUCAAGAUACCCCUUGGUUGGGGCUCCGAAAGAGAUUGUUUGCAAAAUGCUUUUAGGUUUCGAUUUCUGGCAAGAAGGAAACAACACUGGUGGAACCAGGGAUUUUCACCAAGCUGGGUUGAAGAAGGAGCUGAACAGUGGCAACAGCAGUGGCAUUCUUGUCUAGAAGAACUAAACGGGGACAGUUUUUCCAUAGACCAGCCCUCAAAACUGUGGCCACAUGGAACUUCGGGAUUAUCAGUGGGAAGUCAUUGAUCCUGCCUUGGAGGGCAAAAAUAUCAUAAUUUGGCUGCCAACGGGUUCCGGAAAGACUCGGGCAGCUGUGUAUGUGUGUAAGAGGCACAUGGAGAGCGUACAGAAGAGCAAGGUGGCUGUGUUAGUCAACACGGUGCCUCUAGUGGACCAACACCUGAAGAAUGAGUUUAGCGUCUUGCAGAAUUGCUUCAACAUUACAGCCAUCAGUGGCGACAGCAACCAGAAGCUGUUCUUCUCAGAAGUGUUGAAGAUGAGUGACUUAAUAAUCUGCACAGCACAGAUCCUUCAAAAUGCCCUUAUCAGCCAAGAGGAGGAGAUGCACGUGGACCUGACAGAUUUCACCUUGUUGGUGAUUGACGAGUGCCAUCACACCCACAAAGGAACCGCCUACAACAAGAUAAUGGAGGGCUACCUCGAACGAAAGCUGAAGGGCGAAAAGAAUUUACCACAGAUCCUGGGGCUUACAGCCUCGCUAGGUACGGGUGGUGCCACCUCCCUGGAGGGAGCUCGGGAACACAUUCUGCAGAUCUGUGCCAACCUGGACACCGAGAGAAUCAUGUCUUCUGAUAAACACAAGUUCUACGUUGAUACUUACGGCCCACAACCCAAGAAGCAGUAUAACCUGUCCCAACAAAGGCCUGAGGACCCCUUUGCAGAACAACUGAUGGAGAUAAUGGCACAGAUAUAUAGUUACCUGAAUGAGCCUGACUUGACUAUGGAUUUUGGUACCCAGAUCUUCGAGCAGCAAAUUGUGGUGCUUGAGAAGGAAGGAGCAAAACGCUUUUGCCAAAAGACCCGAGUGUGUGCCUUGCACCUACGUAAAUACAACGAUGCCCUGAUGGUCAACGACACUGUGCGCAUGAUCGAUGCCUACAAAAUUCUGGAUGAGUUUUACCUGCUGGAAAAUGCUACUAAGGUGUUGCAGAACCCUGCUGAGCAGUACUUGGUCCGGCUCUUUGACAGCUACAAAGCACGCCUCUUGGCCAUUGCUCAAGACAAGGGCUUUGAGAAUCCCAAACUUGAGGAGCUGCAGAAAGUCCUCCAGAAUCAAUUCCAAGAACUGGAGAGCUCGCGGGGCAUUGUGUUCACCCGGACACGUCAGUGCGCUCAUUGCCUUCACCAAUGGGUACAGGAGAACCAGAACUUGCGAAAACUCGGGAUCAAGGCUGCUGUGUUGACCGGGGCUGGCUUCAGCAGUCAGACAAAACACAUGACCCAGCAACAGCAGAAAGAAGUCAUCUAUCAGUUCCGCAAAGGGACCCUCAAUCUGCUCUUCUCCACCAGCGUGGCUGAAGAGGGGCUGGACAUCCCCGAGUGUAAUAUCGUCGUCCGCUAUGGACUGAUGACGAACGAGAUUGCCAUGAUGCAGGCCAGGGGACGUGCCCGUGCCCCGGACAGCACCUGCUGUGUUUUGGCCAAGGCCAACAGCAAGGAAGUCGCCCGUGAGAAGCUCAACGAGACCCUGGAGGUCCUGAUGGAGAAAGCGAUUGUGUGGGUGCAGCAGCUGCAGCUGCAACAGCCUCAACGAGAAUACCGCCUAAAGAUUGAAAAGCUUCAGCGUGACACUGUUGUCGGCCGCAGGGUGCGGGAUGCUGAACGCGAGCAACAACGCCGCCUGCACGAUCCAGACUCUGUGUGCUUCUACUGCAUCAACUGCAAUGUGGCAGCCUGCUACGCCAGCGACCUGCGCCUAAUAGAGAAUAUGCACCGCAUAAACAUCAACCCCGACUUCAGUCCAUACUACAGAGCAUCACAUAGCCAUGUGAUGAUUCCUCGCGAGUUUAGGGACUGGAAGCCAGGCAGCUCCAUCAGCUGCAGUAACUGUGGGCAGGAAUGGGGCAUGGAAAUGAUCUACCGGGAAGUCAAACUUCCCAUGCUUGCCAUCAAGCAUUUUGUGGUGGAAACUCCAGACGGCCGAAGGACCUACAAGCAGUGGAGCAAAGUUACCUUUGACAUCAAAGAGUUUGACUAUUUUGAAUACUGUACUACUAAUGCCUUGCUGGACAGCUAAGACAUGGGGGGAAAGUGAAAAAUGAAUGAGUGCCCUCUAAUAUACCCAGUGUUUUGCAUCCAUAGGACAUAAUGUCAAUACUCAUAAUGUCAAAUCAAUGCAUAAUGCCUUUGGGGAAACACCAGAGGCUGGAAGAUGAAAGUUGGGGAAAUUCUCAGGAACAUUUCAUGAAAAAGCACAGGUGAUUAGGGUGGGAAGAGAAACUUCACGGCCGCUAACAAGUCUUAUCUACCUGAAAUGGCUGUCUUAAAACAAGAGGCUGGUCAGGGGAAAUGCCUUAUAUGAGUGAUGUCAAACUUGCAAUUACAAUAUAUAUUUUAGAGAGGGCUAGAUUCUAUGAAGGAAGUGUGUCUGUCUGUAGGAUGUGUUUGUGUGUCUCGCUGUAAAAUAUUCCACAUCCCUUAUGCAGUCUGGUGUAUAGUCUCACUCUAUCAACUACUGCUUGGGUGUUUUUUUAAUUGGAUCUUGCAGGGGCUGAUCUAUAACCUGGAAGCCCACUAGAUUUGUAAUUCUACUAUGAUAUAGUCUAUAAAAUAAACAAUAUUAACCUACA